AUCCGUGCUUUAUGUUUUGAUUCGAAGGUGUGGCCCUAUUUUCAUUUAAUAAAUAUAUAUAAAUUCCUACAUAACCUACAAUGAUCAUUGUUUUAUUUCUAUUUUAUCUACCGUCUAUAAAUUGCGAUAUGUUUACAGCUGUUUAUCUGUAAGAUGGCAGUGAUUUUGAUGAAGACAUUCUUAAAAAGUGAAAUCUGACCAUGAUUUUAGUGCGCAAAAGUCACAGAUAGGCCCACAAUGUCAAGCUGAAUAAAUGUACAUAUAUUUUUCUAGCAAACUUGUUGUUUUGUUGCAAUAGUGACGUUUUUUAGUGAUUAAAAAUGCGAUCGCGAUGGGCAAUUUUGUAUCCCCUGCUUUUAUCGAGUCAUUCAAUAUUUGUUUUGCAUUGAAUUUAGUGGAUGGAACAUGAGAAAUAUGUAACCGGUGGGAGGAAAAAGGGUACGAGCGAGAAAUGUCAAGUGCCGUCAAUGGUUUUGUUGACGUUUUCCACCAGUGUGUGAGUUAUGACACGGUCUCAUAGUGCUUGCAUGUCUCUUGUGUAGACAAUUUUUAAGGAAGGAAAAAAGCUGGAGUCGUCGUCGAUUGGGGAGUGGUUUUUUUUUGUGCUUUUAUGUGUUGCAUUUUUUGAAAAUAAAAAAUAACGAUGGGGCUGGUACAAAGCAGAGGAAGCAGUGAGAAUGAUGUCAGUGCGCGCGAAAUAUUUGCCGGUAGUAUAAAAAGCGCUGGACAGCCUUCUUUAGGAAUGGGGAGUCUGGGUGGACCUCACGCCCGAAGCGGCAGCGUUCGGUGUGCACCAAGACAACCAAUGCCGGAUGCCGUCGAACUCGAGAGGCGCUUCACUAAAGUAUUGGCUUCAAUGGAUUUGCCGCCAGACAAGGCAAAGCUAUUAAAACAGUACGAUAACGAAAAAAAGUGGGACAUAAUCUGUGAUCAAGAAAGAGUUCAAGCCAAGGAUCCACCAUCGCAUUAUUUGACAAAGCUACGAACGUAUUUAGAUCCUAAAGCAUCUAGAAGCCAUCGAUCGUAUCGUUUCCUUACAUUCUUUCAGAAGAGAAAAAUUGUUGGCGAAUCGACAUCAACGCAGGUUCUUCGAGAUUUAGAAAUAUCUCUGCGCACAAAUCACAUAGAAUGGGUACGAGAAUUUUUAGACGAAGAAAAUCAAGGACUUGAUGCGUUGAUAGAUUACCUUAGUUUUAGGUUGCUUAUGAUGCGACAUGAACAACGACUUUUAGAAGAUAAAAACGAAUCUACAGAAAGGUUACAAACAUCUGUAACAGCUGAUUCUUCACCAUUAAAUAAUGGAUGUCUCAGACCACCUUUACAUGACUUGAAGGAUAGUCCAGGAGUAAAACGACGAUCAAGACACGUAGCACGAUUAAAUAUGGGGGAAGCAAAGGACGAUAUCCAUGUUUGCAUACUCUGCAUGCGUGCCAUCAUGAAUAAUAAAUACGGAUUCAAUAUGGUGAUACAACAUCGAGAGGCAAUUAACUGCAUAGCUCUAAGUCUUAUGCAUAAAAGUUUAAGAACAAAAGCUCUUGUAUUGGAACUAUUAGCAGCGAUCUGUUUAGUGAAAGGAGGACAUGAAAUUAUUCUAUUUGCUUUUGACAAUUUUAAAGAAGUAUGUUUGGAGAGGAGAAGGUUCACAACAUUAAUGGCGUAUUUUACCCAAUAUGACAGUUUUCAUAUUGAAUUUAUGGUUGCAUGUAUGCAAUUUGUCAACAUUGUUGUUCAUUCUGUAGACGAUAUGAAUUUCAGAGUGCACUUACAGUAUGAGUUCACAAAGCUUGGUCUUGAUGAAUACCUUGAAAAAUUAAGGCAUACAGAAAGCGAAGAUUUGCAGGUUCAAAUCUCGGCUUAUCUUGAUAAUGUGUUUGAUGUAGCUGCCCUAAUGGAGGACAGUGAAACGAAGACUGCAGCUUUAGAAAAAGUAGCUGAAUUGGAAGAUGAACUUGGUCACGCGCACGAUAGGAUGACCGAAUUGGAAAGAGAAUCUCUAGCGAAGUUAGCAGAACUGGAAACCGAAUUAGGAGCUACAAAGAUUGAAUUUGCUGAUGCGUUGGAAGCUCGUAGAUUAAUUGAAGAAGAACUCAUAGCUUUAAAGCGACAAAAGCAGGACUCUGCCCGGCGACAAAGCGUUUUAGAAAGUAAAAUUAUGGAACUAGAAUCAUUAACAGGAACCCUUACUAAAGGAUCGUCUGGUGAGAUCAUAUGUCUUCGAAAUGGAAGUGCAACUAACUCCCCAACAACGGAAAAUAGAUCAUCAUUGACGAUAAUAUCAGCGACUUCCCCAAUGCAAGUUUCAGCUCCUGCUCCUCCUCCACCACCGCCUCCGCCACCUCCUUGUCCGCCUCCACCUCCAGCAACACUUUCCAUGAAAGACAACAGAGGAUCGCCACCAGUUCCAAUUCCACCACCACCUGCAGGAAUGAUGCAAGCACCCGAUGGAGCUAUGACCAUAAAACGAAAAGUGCAAACGAAGUAUAAACUUCCGACAUUAAAUUGGGUUGCCCUUAAACCAAAUCAAGUUCGAGGCACAAUUUUCAAUGAAUUAGAUGACGAACGACUUCAUAACUUCAUUGACUUCUCUGACUUUGAAGAACGUUUUAAACUUGGAAUGGUCGGACACAUUGCCAAUGGAAAUAAUGAAUUUGAUGGACUUCAAAGUUUCCCAAGUAAAAGAUUUAAAAAGCCCGAGAAUAUUACUCUUUUGGAACACACGAGAUUGCGGAAUAUUGCAAUAUCAAGAAGAAAGUUGGAAAUGCCUGUUGACAAAGUUAUUACUGCAGUUAAUGGUCUCGAUCUAAAAAUACUUUCCCUAGAAAAUGUUGAGUUACUUCAAAGAAUGGUCCCAACUGAUCAAGAAAUUAAAGUAUAUCGUGAAUAUAUAAUAAAUAAAAAGAAUGUGAAUCUUCUGACGGAGGAAGAUAAAUUCUUGAUGCAACUCGGCAAAGUUGAAAGAAUAUCAUCUAAAUUAUCGAUAAUGAAUUAUAUCGGGAAUUUCUUUGACAAUUUACAUCUUAUUACGCCACAAAUUCAUGCUGUGAUAUCUGCUUCAAGUUCAGUGAAAAGCUCCAAGAAAUUAAGAGCUGUUUUAGAAAUAAUUCUUGCCUUCGGUAAUUAUUUGAAUAGCAGUAAACGAGGUCCUGCUUAUGGAUUUAAAUUACAAAGUUUGGAUACUUUACUGGACACCAAGUCAACUGAUAAAAGAAUGUGCCUUCUGCACUACAUUGUAGCAACAAUACGAUUGAAAUUCCUUGAACUUAUCAACUUUGAAUCGGAAUUGAUGUAUAUUGACAAAGCAGCAACUGUUUCCCUCGAGAACAUAACUACAGACGUUCAUGAAUUGGAGAAAGGAAUGGAUCUUGUUCGUAAGGAAUUUGAGCUUCGUGGUAAAGAAAAGCACAAUACAGUUUUACGCGAUUUUUUGAAUAAUUCAGAGGAAAAAUUACGAAGAUUAAAAGCUGAUUCUCGAACAGCAGGAGAAGCUUUUAGAGAAUGCAUUGAAUUUUUUGGUGAGAGUCCAAGGCAAGCUGAUGCUAAUUCUUUCUUCUCGCUUCUUGUCAGAUUCGCCAGAGCAUUUAAGACUGCGGAUCAAGAAAAUGAACAACGUCGAAGACUAGAACUAGCUGCUGCCGAAGCACUGAACACUUCAGAAGAAGUUAUUAAGAGAAAUAAAUUAAACCAAAAGAAGCAACAGGAUGCUGUUAUAAAUGAACUAAAAAGCAAGACAAAAAUGGUACAAGAGAAGAAGCUUUUGCAACAAGAUGAAGUGUAUAAUGGUGCACUGGAAGACAUUCUUCUUGGAUUGAGAUCUGAACCUUAUCGUCGUGCCGAUGCCGUUAGACGAAGUCAGCGUCGCCGAAUCGAUAAUCAUCGACUGUCUCGCACUGCCGAAGAGCUAGAAUUAUAAUACAAAAAUUAUCGUUUCCAUUGGGAACAAAAUUACCUUUUAUAAUUCUGAACACAAAUCUAGUUUCUAUAACCAAUUGUAAAAUUAUAUUUAUCUCAUGAAUUAAUUUGCAAUGUUUUUCGAUAAUAUAGCUUCGCUAUUUUGAUUUA